CACGAAACCACGUCACCUCCCAUCUUCUCUUCUUUCACAACAACACCUCGCCAUUCCACCACUCUUCGUCGUAAACUUGUCGUUUUCCAUCGCUCUUUGGAUUAACUCGAUUCUGCAGCUUCAGAAAGCUCGAACGCGUCACUUUUCCAUCAUCUUCAUCUAACCGUAAGUCUUUUAAAAACUACCAACUUUGGCCCGUUUUUCCCGCCUAUCGCGCCAUCGCCGCACGCCUUCAGGUUUCCCCUCCUCCUACGGAUAUUCUCUCUCUCUCUCUCUUCACGCCUCUUUCUCAUGAGCGCAUUCACAACCACAACCUCUUCUUUUCGUCGCAUUAGGUCUAUCGCGAUCGCGUCAAUCUCCUCAUCGUAAACCAAUAACUAACAUUCCAUCGCGACACCAGACCAAACGUCAAAAUGGCACGUGAAGGAACCCGCUCCCAGACCGGCAACUCCAAGCCGCGUCUCUUCCCAGUCGUCGACACCGCGCCUGUUCGCAAGCAGAACACCACGACCACCACGACCGCAAAGAAGCCCAAGACUACUUCCACUGCUGCCAAGGCCGCGAAGCCUGUCGGCGUCACCAAGAAGAAGGCCACCACCGCCAAGAAGGGCCCUUCCGUCGCUACCAAGGCCAAGUCGGUAGCCAAGAAGGCAGAAACCAAGGUCGCCGCCGCCACCAAGGCAGGCAAGAAGGAGACCAAGCCCAAGACCACAAAGGCAAAGGCGACCCCCGCCGCCGCCUAAGUGUUUGUCUUGACUGCUUCUCUCUUCGAAGCAUGCCUCACGCAUGAAUGAGUCUCUCUCUCUCCAAUCUUCAGUACGGGGCUUGCCAGUGUCUUUUCUCCUCCAAGAUACCACCUUGAUUGUUGUCGAGCGAGCGGACUUUUUGGACCUGCUAUUUGUGACUUUGGGUUCUUGGGCGGGCGUCAUGUCUAACGGAUAGCUGUCUGUCUAUGCGCGCCUUGCUCGCAUGUUGUUUUUGGGAGGCUAGCUUCUCGUUAUCCCUCUCUUUAGUGUAUCGUUUGGGUUGUUUCCGGACCAUGGGGUGGGAAUGCAAAUAGGUUACUUACUUGUUGGGCUUGGGUCUGGGUUUGGGUUUGGGUCUGGGCUCGUCUGGUCUGCUUCUCGUCUAGUUACCGCACUGCAGCAAGGACCGAACAGGGGUCCAAUCGAACAGUCAAUUAUGGAUGAAGUCGGUUUUCGUUGACAUCUUUGGUCCCAGGCCUGUGUUGGAAAGUGUUCAUGACGUGUGGUUAUCGUUGCGCGAUUCGGACUCACGUCAGAUCCGUUCCACCGCGAGGACAGUAUGGUCGAGCACGUUACUCAUCUUACCUUACAAGGUAGCACAAGAAAGGCGUCUAGCAUGGUCGCACACUCAUCCAACAUGAACUAGAAUAACGCGGUGGUCUGUUCUUACCAAGGAUAGUCAGUAGCCAAUGAUCAAGGGGCA